AUGCCUCCAGUAUCACAACUAAUGGUAGUGGUAACCUCACUCAAUUCGCAUCUGUUGCCAGGUCCCAAGUUGCAAACCGACAUUUUCGACGUCCUGUUACGUUGGCGACAAUAUCAAUAUGUCUACACAGCAGAUAUUGCCAAAAUGUACAGGCAAAUCCUGAUAGAUCCUCGCGACCGAGACUAUCAGCGCAUUCUAUGGAAGGCUGAGAGCGAGACAACGCCACAAGAAUACCGGUUGCAAACCGUGACUUAUGGCAUCGCCUCAGCCCCCUAUCUAGCCUUAAGAGUCAUUCAGCAGCUUCUCCAUGACGAAGGAGAAGCUUAUCCUCUCGCCCUCUCAAUUUUACGUGAUCACAUUUAUGUCGACGAUGUCCUCUUUGGGGCCGAGGACAUCCCUCUAUUGCGUCACACUCGUGACCAAGUGUGCUCACUAUUACAACGCGGAGGAUUUAAUCUUCGUAAAUGGGCUAGCCACUAUUUGGCGUUGCUGGCUGACAUUCCAACAGACGAUCACGGGUUAGCCUGUACCAAGGAUCUCAAACACGAAAGUCUGAGCGUUUUCGGAAUAAGAUGGGUCACUCUGAUCACGAUAAUUGCAAAGAUUUUUAUGCAACAGCUGUGGCGACUCAAGCUGGAGUGGGAUGACGACAUUCCCAAAAACAUAUUGGCUCAAUGGGAGACAAUUUAUCGCAAAUUCGCCUCUCUUGACGGUCUACAACUAGUACGAUGGGUUCACCGCGGAUCCGACAUCAAGCAUUUCGAAAUUCACGGUUUUGCUGAUGCUUCGUCGGUCGCUUAUGCCGCAGCCGUUUACAUCCGAGUAACCUCACUCUCCGGCGAGAUCACAACUACAUUGCUAGCCGGAAAAUCAAAAGUGGCUCCCAUUAAAAUAAUGAGCAUUCCUCGACUCGAGCUCUCAGCCGCUGUCUUGCUCGCUCGUCUCAUCGAGUCAGUUCAAAACGCUCUCAAGUUAACGGAUCUCGUCUGUCACUGCUGGACAGACUCAACCGUUGUUCUAGCCUGGCUCAGCCAGCAUCCCAGCAAAUGGAAGACGUUCGUGUCGCAUCGCGUAACUGUAGUCCAAUCAAAAGUGCCGAAAGCUAAAUGGCAUCAUGUUCUCUCCGAGGAUAAUCCUGCCGACUGUGCCUCACGGGGACUCCUAAAGCAGGACUUUGCGUCUUUCUCACUAUGGUGGCAAGGCCCUCAUUGGCUUAAACUCACGCCCUCAGACUGGCCGGCUGCGAGUUUCCCUCAGUUCGAGUAA